AUGCGACGGUCAACGGCAGCAGCAGCGGCAGCAGCAGCAGCAGCUGCUGCUGCUGCUGCGCCCGACGGCAGCCGACGGGCCAGCGAGGGGCCCCGGGGGAACCCUGUCGCUGCAACUCGAGGGGCCCCUAGCCCUCGAAUUGGGCCUGUAGACUGCUUGCUAGAUGAAGCCACGCGCCGCAAGCUGCAGCGCAGCAGAGCCACCCACCUGCUGUGGACAGACACACUAACAGCAACUCCCCAGUGGCAGCGCUAUGAAUUCCCUGUGCUGCUGGAGAGGCCCGGAGUGCUGCAGGGGCCCCCCCAGGGGGCCCCCCGGGGGGCCCCCUCGGGGGCCCCCGGGGGCCCCCUGCCCCUGCCUGCCUACGUCGUAGUUCGCGGCCUCGACCCUACUGGCUUUUGGUACAAACUCACCAGCCCCUGCGCGCUGGAGACGACGAUCCCAGGGGGGGAGAAGACGAUCCCAGGGGGGGAGAAGACGAUCCCAGGGGGGGAAAAGACGAUCCCAGGGGGCUGGGAGGCGAUCCCAGGGCCUGGGGAAAAGACGAUCCCAGGGGGAAAAAAGACGAUCCCAGAAGGGGAAAAGACGAUCCCAGAAGGGGAAAAGACGAUCCCAGAAGGGGAAAAGACGAUCCCAGGACUUGAGGAACAGGUGGCGCUGCUGGUGACCUCCAGCUUCUCCAUAAGUGAUGGCAGCAGCAGAAAAAUUUGGAGGGCCCGAGUGGCAGCCCCUGGGGCAGCAGAUCCUUACAAGUCGGAGAAGGGGGGGGGCCCCCAGGGGCCCCUCGCCUUCGCUUUGCUGCAGCAGCAGCGAAGGACCUUUGUGCAGCUGCUGUACCUCGACAACAUCUUUCCCCACAGACGCGCCCCCUUUGCUGGCAGCUUGCCAGCCCCUGCUGCUGCUGCUGCUGCUGCUGCUGGGGCCUUCGGGGCUGCGCAGCAGCAGCAGCAGCAGGGGCUUGCUGCUGCUGCUGCUGCUGCAGCGAGCUUGGAGCAGUUUUCCCCCUUCGGAGAGAAGACGGGGCAGCGGGUGUCUGUGGGGCAGCAGCAGCAGCUGCCGGGGGCCCCCCUGAUGUUCUGGCUGGACCUGCUGCCGCAGCAGCUGACGCAGCUAAAGGGCCACCAAGUUGCUGCUGGAAGGGCCCCCGUGGCACCCCACAGCCCCGUUGUUGCAGUGCUGCUGCCGCGCAGCCGCUUCGCCAGGGCCCCCCGGGUGUACGUACAGCUCAGGGCCCAGGGGGGCCCCGCCUUCGGACUUACUCGCCUUUUGGAGGUUUCCAAAGAGAGCUUUGUGGUGUACAUACACCCCAGCCACUGCGGGGACCCAAACCCCUUCGCCCCCAACCCCUACGACGAGCUCGACUGGAUGGCCUGGCUUCCCAUCUAG